AUGGCUAUGGAUGUGAAUUUUGUGUUAGUUGAUGUAUGUAAGGAAGAGAUUGUCUUGAGGAAACCAAGUCCGGGAUUGGUUGAGGAUGUGAAAAGGGUUGUGGAGAUGAUUAAUAAGGAGAUUAAUGUCAAUUUUAUGACACCAAUGAGGAUAAUUAGGGAUGCAAUUUUGGGAUUUGGUAGUCCUGCUCCCAUAUUGGUGUCUGAGGGGUUGAACACAAUGGAUGUUUGUCGGGGCUGUGUUACGGAGCUGAGGAGCAGGUUGGAUGAUGGAACUUGGGGGACUGGUCUGGGAUAUUGCAUUGCUGCGGCAGUGGCUUCUCCUCGGCUUCUGGUUGCUGUUGAAGGUGAUUCUGGAUUUGGGUUCACUGCCAUGGAACUCGAGGUUUAUUCCCUUACCAAAUAUUUAUCGUUCACUUAG